CAUUUUCUCUCACAUCAUACUCCACAUCUUUACUCCGAAAAUGUUAAUGACAAAUAUAUAUGUAAUUUAAAUAACGUGCGACAUAAUACAAUAAACAAAUGAAAUAAAAUUUCAUACGUGAAAAAAAAAAGAAAUAUCAUUUAUUGGCAUCGGUAAGUUUGCCUUGUCAACGACGAUAAGCCCACAGAAAGGUCUCAUUAAUACGUAAUUAUUAUUUACAAACUCAUUAAACCUUCUGUCGUAUUGACGCACACAUUUGCGUUACACGUAAACGUAAAUAUACCUGCCAGUGUAUACAUACAUAUAUAUACAUACAUACUUCUACUUCUGUACAAGUAAACAUUGCACAUUUGUUAUAUACGUGAAUUUUUUUUUUUCUAUGACAAGUGCGUUUAGUUAUGAACUAAAUACAAGUACACAUGCACUUAUAGUUAUUUAACAAGUGUGCCUAACAUGGAUUUUUAAAUAACACGUUUUUAAAACAAGCUAUAUAUGUACAUAUAUAUAAUCAAUUAAUAAUAAAUAAUGAAUUGAACUGAAUAAACUUAUGAUGCCUAUACGUAGGCAUGAUUCAAUAACACUUUGCAAAUUUAAACUGCAAUUAAUAAUUUUAGUGUAAACUGAGUGUGGAGUGGAUUUAAAUAUUUAUUUUAAAUUUAAAUUGCACUAUUAUAAUUUAAAUGAAUAAUUACCCGGGACAUUUUAAAAUUUGAAUAAAUAUUUUAAUUUUAUUUAUAAAAGAGUUUUAUUAAUAUUGAGAGUUUGAGAGUUUAAUUAAUAAAUUAUUGGAGCGAAUAUUAAUUGAACUUUAGAUAAAAUAAUUAAAUGUGGUAACAGGUGUGAUCAAGUGUCAUCAGGUGUGUUAUCGUAGUGAUAAUAGUUGUAUUGACAAGUAGAUUGUUGCUGUUGGUGACUAAAAUAUGGCUGCCAAUCUUGAAGAGGAGCAGAGUUUACGUGAAUGUGAAGAAUAUGUCCAACGACACAACAUCCAACAGGUUCUCAAAGAUUGCAUUGUUCAGUUAUGUGUCGGCAGACCACAAAAUCCGAUUCCAUUUUUACGUGAAUACUUUCAGAAACUCGAACGGGAACAAGCGCACGAUGCUAAACAACAGAUUGCGACGAGCCCCGAGGACAUUGAGGAUCUUCCAGCGGGUCAACAAGGACCUCAAGUACCGCGGCGCCGAGGUGGAAUAUCUGCCGAGCCAGUGUCUGAAGAAGAUGCUACGAGUUACGUCAAAAAAGUCGUGCCCAAAGAUUACAAAACGAUGGCUGCAUUGAGCAAGGCCAUUGCCAAAAAUGUUUUAUUCGCACAUCUUGAUGAAAACGAAAGAUCAGAUAUUUUUGACGCAAUGUUUCCGGUAACUUUUUUGCCUGGAGAAUCAAUCAUUCGCCAAGGCGACGAAGGAGAUAAUUUCUAUGUAAUUGAUCAAGGAGAAGUGGAUAUAUUUGUUAAUGGUGAACUGGUUACGACAAUUGGUGAGGGUGGCAGCUUUGGUGAAUUGGCUUUGAUCUAUGGGACUCCACGUGCUGCAACAGUACGAGCUAAGACCGACGUUAAACUCUGGGGAAUUGAUCGCGACUCUUAUCGACGUAUUCUCAUGGGCUCUACAAUCAGAAAAAGAAAAAUGUAUGAAGAAUUUCUAUCUAGAGUAUCUAUUCUUGAAUCGCUUGAUAAGUGGGAGCGAUUAACGGUGGCAGAUGCCCUCGAGCCGGUUGUUUUUGAAGAUGGUGAAACGAUUGUGAGACAAGGAGAGCCUGGAGAAGAUUUUUAUAUCAUUGUUGAAGGAACGGCUGUUGUUCUUCAGCAGCGUAGCGAAGGAGAGGAACCAACAGAAGUUGGAAGACUUGGUCCUUCUGAUUACUUCGGUGAGAUCGCAUUGUUGCUGGACAGGCCACGUGCAGCAACGGUGGUAGCUCGCGGUCCAUUGAAAUGCGUGAAACUGGACAGAGCACGCUUCGAGCGGGUCUUGGGGCUGUGCGCAGACAUUCUCAAACGGAACAUCACCCAGUAUAAUAGCUUUGUUUCACUAUCUGUGUGAAUUAUGCAUGAAACUUGAAUGUUAUAUAUACACUAUUACGAUAAAUAAAUAUAUAAAUCUUAAUUAUUAAAAUUAAAAAAUUCAUUUAUUAUAGUUGUUAUAAUUUCUUAUUUUAUUAAUAUUUUCAUUAUUAAUCUACAUUGUGCAUUGGUACCAAACUAUAUUGUCAUGUUCGAUGUCUGUAAUAAAAUAUAUAAAUUAAAUUAA